AUGGCGGAAGGAGAUAAUCGCAGCACCAACCUGCUGGCCGCAGGGACUGCAAGUCUGGAAGAGCAGCUGCAAGGAUGGGGAGAAGUGAUGCUAACGGCAGAUAAAGUCCUCCGAUGGGAAAGAGCCUGGUUUCCACCUGCCAUCAUGGGUGUGGUUUCUUUGGUGUUUCUGACUAUCUACUAUCUAGAUCCAUCCAUUCUGUCAGGUGUUUCCUGUUUUGUUAUGUUUUUGUGCUUGGCUGACUACCUUGUUCCCACUCUAGUGCCUAGAAUUUUUGGCUCCAAUAAAUGGACCACUGAGCAACAGCAGAGAGUCCAUGAAAUUUGCAGCAAUCUAGUAAAAACUCGACGCAGAGCUGUGGGCUGGUGGAAACGCCUCCUUACGCUAAAGGAAGAAAAGCCUAAAACGUACUUCAUGACCAUGAUCAUUUCUCUUGCUGCGGUUGCUUGGGUGGGACAGCAAGUCCACAACAUCCUUCUCACCCACCUAAGAGUGACUUUCUUACUCUUGCUUCCUGGACUAAACCAACACGGAAUCAUUUCGAAGUACAUUGGAAUGGCCGAAAGAGAGAGAAACAAGCUUCUCAAACAAAAAGAAAAGAAAAUGAAUAAUGCGUCUGCUUUAUUCAGUGUGAUUAAUGGCAUAUACAUUGUCCUUGGGGACAGUGUCUGUUAUGCUGUCUGGAUACUAAAAUGUUACAGAUGUAGCUCUUUGCUGUCCCUCAUUCUGCCCUUAGUAGAAAUUCCGACUUGCCAACUGGAUACAAGAUCGUGGUCUGUGACUACAGGAAGCUGCUUCCACGCUCUGCUUAAACAACUGUCUGGCUUCGUGAAUACAGAAACCAAGUUUACCACUUUUGAUGAAGAGACCAGUUAA